AUGGCUGAAGGUUGCCCACGAAUCAAUCUUCUCCCUGCUGAUAUUUCUACAAAGGUCUCAUCAUCUUCCGAUAUCACAUCCUCCGAGCAUGUCAUCGAGGGGCUGUUCAGAAAUGCUUUGGACGCCGAUGCCUCGUCGGUGGUGAUUGAAGUGGAAUUCUCGAAAGGCUACAUUUGGAUAUAUGAUAACGGGAUCGGGAUUCAAGAGGUGGAAUUUUCAGAGCAAGGCCAGUUGGCCAGACUUCACUGUUCUUCAAAACUGGAUUAUUCGCCUCCGACAUACGGUUGUUAUGGCCGCUUCUUGUCAAACCUGUCGCACCUGUCUCUGUUAUCGAUAGCCUCCGAGCAUCGAUCGGAAGUCUUUGCGAAUCGGUUGAUCUUGUAUCGUGGGAAUGCUGUAUGUCGCCAGUUACGGCUCGACAAACAAGAUGUUGGUAUGAUGCGGAAAGGCACGGCCAUUACUGUCCACGAUCUUUUCAGCGAUAUGCCUGCCCGCGCCAAACACCUGUCACAGCUCUAUGCUUCCUCGACCGAGACAGAAAAAGCAUUCAACCGGGUGAAGGAAAUGCUCGCUGGAUACCUGCUUGCACAGUCUCGUGCGAUCGAAGUGCGAUUCUCCGCCAAAGGCACAAGACAACAUAGUGUUCAUUUCCGUUCACCGGACUUGAGGGAAGGGCAAUUCUCACUAGAGUCGACAGUAUCAAUACUAUUUCAGGCCAGGCUGGUGAAUUCUGUCGACAUCACAAAAUGGCGCUCAGCAUCCGCUCGCACGAAGCAUUUCCGUAUUCGUGCUGCCAUCUCCGUCGAACGAUCGCCAAAUAAGUCAGCUCAGUACAUUUCCAUUGGAAAGUCCCCAAUUCAAAGAGAGGGCGGAAUCAAAUGUGUAUUUGAUGGUAUUGAUCGGCUUUAUCAGGAGUCGACCUUCGGCUCCCAGGACUUUCACCACAAUGCGAAGGGCAUGGCAAUCGAAGACCAAGAUUCCGUUGACAGAUCUGGUGAAACCAACAAGCUGCCAAAGCCCGUGGAUAAAUGGCCUAUGUUCUACAUUCAAAUUGAGCCGAGAACUCGGGAAUUGUCGACCAACCUCGCUUUGGGCCAGCCUAUGUCGAAUACGCUCCCCGUCCUUGAUCAUUUGACAAGAGCGAUUGAAUCGUUAAUCUCUAAUUUUCUAAACAUGCAUGGAUUUUCAGCCUGUGCCGAACGCAAUGCAUCGAAAAGGGUGCGUCGUCGACAUAACCGUGGAAUUGGCCCUUGCCAACAACUGGUUGGAGAACCCUCGAAACUUGCAACUGAGGCUAGGUAUCUAAGUCACUGGCGUCGCGUCAAGAGUGCUCGUCCCUCACCAGAGGAUUUCCGCUAUGGCUUGGGCUUGAGAAAUUUAUAUGAUCACUCUUGUUCAUCUCUGGAGGUCACCAAAGAAGGUCGCUUAUCUAUCGACCCUAGUCGCAAAGAGUCGCACCCCGAGGACGCAACCCGCGAGACCCAAAGUGAUUUCAAAGGUUUUGACGAAACUUUCGAUGGUGUUCCUUGGAUCAGCUGGCGCGGUGGUCAGGUCACUUAUGUCCACCCUCGGACAGGUGCUGCAAUACCUCCGGCAGAUGGAGACACAGCACUUUCAUAUCGAAACCGUGGGGGUUUAACGCGAAUACAAGGCCCAGAACUCCCUCGUACCAAUGACAGCGCGAAGCCUCUCGUCAAUUUACGGCACUAUCUGCCGGCAGGCUAUCGUCACCAAUCUGACGCUCCGAUUGCCUGCAUCAUAUCCGAACAGGGUCCGGGGUUGUCUAGAAAAGUGAUCGUUACCAGAGGACAGGACAAUACUGUUCUAGACUCACGGAUCGUCACGAAAGGUUCUUUGUCAAGCGCCAGUAUUGUUCAGCAGGUUGAUCGAAAGUUUAUCCUUGCCAUUCUCGCUGUUCGAGAUACCGGCGACCCAUAUUUUGCCGGGAGGAAACAGCGGAGACUCCUCGUUCUUAUUGACCAGCAUGCGGCUGACGAAAGAAUUAAAUUUGAAAAGCUUUGUGAAGACUUGUCCAAGCGCAUCUCCACAAGUCUUGCUAAGCCAUUGGUCUUCGAGGUUGACGAAACGGAAGCGCGACUUUUGGAAGAUCACAAGGGAUAUUUUCGGCGAUGGAGUGUGAUAUAUCACAUUGCUGAAAGCACGAGGUCUCAUACGGCACGACAUCCGCCCAGCCAUCGUUCCUGGACAGUGGAGGUGACUGUUCUGCCGACCCUCAUUAUUGAGCGUUGUCGCGCCGACCCGAAGCUUUUGGCUGACAUCAUGAGAAGCGAGAUCUGGUUAGGCCGUGCGCGGCGUUGUAGUCCGCUGCCCCGUCCUCCACAAUCCGACGAGCCUUGUUGGUGGUCCAACCUUGCGGACUGCCCGAAAGGCAUGAUCGAGAUACUCAAGUCUCGAUCCUGCCGCACUGCGGUCAUGUUCAACGAUCAUUUGGACAAGAGGCAAUGCCACGAACUUGUGCAGAGACUAUCUCAGUGCACCUUACCUUUCCAAUGUGCUCACGGCCGGCCCACGUUAACAAUCCUGGCAGAACUUGGUGGAGAUUUUUGUGGCUUCGGCAUGGAUGCAGAUCCUAGCACCGUCGCGCUUGGAUUUGGCGAUGCCUGGAGAGGUUGGGUCAAGUAG